GCCCAUAACGACUUCAUUAUAGUCUCCCGUCAAUUGCUGAUCAAUCGAGCCGACACGGAUAAGGACAAACGGAGUGCCAAGGUGCUCAUUAUCUACAGCACUGGAAAGCAGCACAUCGUCACCUUCAAGCUGCCCAUCCAUGCGUUUACAGUGCAAGAGCUGUUUCUCAAGAUGAACAUUCAUAUGGAGGAUAACAUCACGAUUGAUUGCAUGGAGAAUGCCGGUGGUAUUAUCCAUUUGGUGGUCUCUGUGGGAUUCGCCAUCGGUGAUACCAUUGCCGAUAAGAUUGCCAAGGCGGAGGAGUUCUACAAGAAGGUGCAUCAGUCAAAGGCGUCCGCUGGUGCCGCUCUUCCCAACGCGGUGCCCGUUGAAGUGCCACCAUCUCGUGCGGUUGUCAAGCCAUCGGAGACUUCGGUGGCCAACAAUGGUUGCCAGCCAUCUGCAACCAAAGGCAAGAAGCACAAGAAAAGACAUCGCGCUCCGGGAGACACCAAUGCUGACAAAGCGAUAUCGUCGGCGAAUCAAGACGCCAAUACUCCCAAGACCAAGAAACAGAAGAAGUGUCAUUCUGCAGAGGACAGCAAUGGUUAUCAAGUUGCUGGUGCUCAAGACAACCCAGGUUCAUCUGGCAAUAAACAGGGAAAUCAAACCCCCACGGGUAACACCUCAAAUUCUCCAAAGAAGAGCAAUGGUCUCCAGGGCGUGCAACCAGCUGGAGACGCUCUCGCAAGCUCCCCGUCAAUCCAGUCGAAGGACCAAGUCGCACAUGCCACUGUUAGCAAGAAAUCGGAAGAGACAGCUGGUGGAUCUCAAUCGCGGGUGCAACCGAAUGUUGCAUCCAUACCGGCGCCAGCCGAGAAAGCAACUAGUGACACUAUACCCACACCUGCAGAACGCGCAGAGAAGAGUCGCCUGCGCCGGAACAGCAACUGGAUAAUAAGCAGGGACUUUGACGAUGAAGUCAUUGUGCUGUUGAGCAGCGAGGAUGAGGAGACCACCGCCGCCGACAAUGGCCAAACAGAGGGAAGACUCUCCGUCGACGAGAAUCCAACGCUUUUCACAUAUCCGCCCACCGGAACCGGUGGCCUGAGCAUCACCAUUAAGGACUAUAUGUGUCUCAAGGAAGGCUCAUUUCUGAACGACAUAAUCAUUGAUUUUUAUCUGCGCUGGCUAAAGAAUAACAUCGUACCAGAGGGUCAGCGCGAUAGGACGCACAUCUUUAGCACAUUUUUCCACAUGAGAUUGACCACAGAGACGAGUCCCAACAACACGAAGGAGCCGGUGGCCAAGAGGCGUCACGAAAGGGUAAAGAAGUGGACACGAACCGUGAAUAUAUUCGAGAAGGAUUUCAUCAUAAUACCAUUCAACGAGAAGUCCCAUUGGAUACUGGCCAUCAUAUGUUUUCCAAACCUGAAGACCUCCGUGGUUUACCAUGAUGUACAGACACCCGGCGAAGACAUUCCAAUCAAACAGCCAUUGAUUCUCAUCUUCGAUUCGUUGGAGGGCAACUCACGCGAUCGAGAUAUUGCCAUAUUGCAUGAUUACCUCAACUUCGAGUACAAGGCAAAGUAUCCGAAAGAGCGGGCGCGCAUCUUCAACGGGGAUAAUAUGCCAGGUCUCAUUGUGGAGGUGCCGCAGCAGGAGAAUCUCACCGAUUGCGGUCUCUAUCUGCUGCAGUAUGCGGAGCAAUUCUUCACAAAACCCAUCGUUAACUAUAAGCUGCCCAUUAGGGAGCUGAUCGAUUGGUUUGACCUGCUCACAGUAACCAAGAAGCGCGAGGAUAUCGCCAAUCUCAUCCAGAAGCUGAUGAAUGAAGGCAAUCAGCAGGGCAUAACUUUGCCCGUCAUAAAGUUUCCCACACUGAAUGGCAUAAUGGUGAUGGAUGCCCAUAACGACUUCAUUAUAGUCUCCCGUCAAUUGCUGAUCAAUCGAGUCGACACGGAUAAGGACAAACAGAGUGCCAAGGUGCUCAUUAUCUACAGCACUGGAAAGCAGCACAUCGUCACCUUCAAGCUGCCCAUCCAUGCCUUUACAGUGCAAAAGCUGUUUCUCAAGAUGAACCUUCAUAUGGAGGAUAACAUCACGAUUGAUUGCAUGGAGAAUGCCGGUGGUAUUAUCCAUUUGGUGGUCUCUGUGGGAUUCGCCAUCGGUGAUACCAUUGCCGAUAAGAUUGCCAAGGCGGAGGAGUUCUACAAGAAGGUGCAUCAGUCCAGGGCGUCCGCUGAUGCCGCUCCUCGCAACGCGGUGCCCGUUGAAGAGCCACCAUCUCUUCCGGUUGUCAAGCCAUCGGUGGUCUCGCCAUCGGAGACUUCGGUGGCCAACAAUGGUUGCCAGCCAUCUGCAACCAAAGGCAAGAAGCACAAGAAAAGACAUUGCGCUCCGGGAGACACCAAUGCUGACAAAGCGAUAUCGUCGGCGAAUCAAGACGCCAAUACUCCCAAGACCAAGAAACAGAAGAAGUGUCAUUCUGCAGAGGACAGCAAUGGUUAUCAAGUUGCUGGUGCUCAAGACAACCCAGGUUCAUCUGGCAAUAAACAGGGAAAUCAAACCCCCACGGGUAACACCUCAAAUUCUCCAAAGAAGAGCAAUGGUCUCCAGGGCGUGCAACCAGCUGGAGACGCUCUCGCAAGCUCCCAGUCAAUCCAGUCGAAGGACCAAGUCGCACAUGCCACUGUUAGCAAGAAAUCGGAAGAGACAGCUGGUGGAUCUCAAUCGCGGGUGCAACCGAAUGUUGCAUCCAUACCGGCGCCAGCCGAGAAAGCAACUAGUGACACUAUACCCACACCUGCAGAACGCGUAGAGAAGAGUCGCCUGCGCCGGAACAGCAACUGGAUAAUAAGCAGGGACUUUGACGAUGAAGUCAUUGUGCUGUUGAGCAGCGAGGAUGAGGAGACCACCGCCGCCGACAAUGGCCAAACAGAGGGAAGACUCUCCGUCGAAGAGAAUCCAACGCUUUUCACAUAUCCGCCCACCGGAACCGGUGGCCUGAGCAUCACCAUUAAGGACUAUAUGUGUCUCAAGGAAGGCUCAUUUCUGAACGACAUAAUCAUUGAUUUUUAUCUGCGCUGGCUAAAGAAUAACAUCGUACCAGAGGGUCAGCGCGAUAGGACGCACAUCUUUAGCACAUUUUUCCACAUGAGAUUGACCACAGAGACGAGUCCCAACAACACGAAGGAGCCGGUGGCCAAGAGGCGUCACGAAAGGGUAAAGAAGUGGACACGAACCGUGAAUAUAUUCGAGAAGGAUUUCAUCAUAAUACCAUUCAACGAGAAGUCCCAUUGGAUACUGGCCAUCAUAUGUUUUCCAAACCUGAAGACCUCCGUGGUUAACCAUGAUGUACAGACACCCGGCGAAGACAUUCCAAUCAAACAGCCAUUGAUUCUCAUCUUCGAUUCGUUGGAGGGCAACUCACGCGAUCGAGAUAUUGCCAUAUUGCAUGAUUACCUCAACUUCGAGUACAAGGCAAAGUAUCCGAAAGAGCGGGCGCGCAUCUUCAACGGGGAUAAUAUGCCAGGUCUCAUUGUGGAGGUGCCGCAGCAGGAGAAUCUCACCGAUUGCGGUCUCUAUCUGCUGCAGUAUGCGGAGCAAUUCUUCACAAAACCCAUCGUUAACUAUAAGCUGCCCAUUAGGGAGCUGAUCGAUUGGUUUGACCUGCUCACAGUAACCAAGAAGCGCGAGGAUAUCGCCAAUCUCAUCCAGAAGCUGAUGAAUGAAGGCAAUCAGCAGGGCAUAACUUUGCCCGUCAUAAAGUUUCCCACACUGAAUGGCAUAAUGGUGAUGGAUGUGGAUGACGAUAAGGAAUGGGACACGGAGGAAGAGAAUCAAACUAUAAACCAAUAUAGUUUUGAAACCAGAACACCGCCGAAAAGAAGGCAUACACUCCAGUAA